AUGUUCUCUUCCUUUUCAUCCUUCACCUCACGUGCAUGGCCUAAAAAUACCACUGAAAAUAGAAAUGAAGGCAGCGCGCGACCAAGAUACAGCUUAUACCGUAGUAGUUACGCGUCAAUAUUCGCAACACCUUCAGUAGCAGUAACAGCUAGCAAUGUUGUCUUGGAAAUGCGUGAUUUGUCAACCAAUGAUGCAGCGACAUCGAUUGAAAGAGAGCCUGUCACUGUUCCAGCAACAGCGUUCAAUAUCAGUGAACAAGAUAUGCGGCUAAAUAGUGAGCUGAUCCAGCUGGCUUUGGAUUGGGCUUUACGAUUGGAUGGGAGGCGGGACCAGAUCGAGGAGGGUACUGAAGACGAGUGUGGACACCGGCGUGGCCGCGGCUGUGAACGCGGCCGCCUAUCUUUCUUCCAAUAUUUUCGACAGUUUUUCCAAGGAGAUGGCAACGCAUGGAGGUUAAGCUACGGUCCACAAAGUUUGGGGCUAUCGUUCUUUUUCAGUCUAUUUCCCGUGGCAGGUAUUCUGAUCUGUUUCUCAUUAUCAUACUUUUUGGUCUUCCGCCCGCUGUCCCAGCUAAAGAUUAGGGAGUCAGAGCGUCGUAUUCUACGCACAUUCCUGCUUAAGUGCAUAGCGCUGGAUGUUGCUGUAAGAUAUCGACUGGAAGACCUCCCAAGAGCCGAUUAUGUUUUCAACCGUCGGAUGGUACAGAAGGCGCAGGUCUAUGUAAUUGAGCAUGCGGAUAGAUGCACACAAGCAAUCAAUCGAGCUAAUGUCAGUAUAGCGGCGUCAAUCCGAGCUCAGUCGUCUGUUCUGCAGACGGGGAGCUUACAUCCAGCCGCUAGUCUCCAUCACCUAUAUUAUUACUCGCAUUAUUCAACCAUACACGGCUUUCCGGAAACGGGACUGUAUACUGGCAACCUUAUGGAUGGGCAAAAUACUAUUAGCACUGAACGAGGUCAACUUCAGCGAGCGCAGUCGGUGCUUUCUGCACCGGCGCGGCUGGAAGGGCAAAGCAGGGCCAUGGUCAUGAAUAAAGAACAGCACUCAUCGCAGCAAACACAACUGCAAGGAAUGGCUGCUGUGAAAGCGGAACUAAGAUCUACUGAAAGUUGGAUACAGCGGAUUGGUAGCGCGUUUCGAUUGGACAAGAGAGGCAUUUAUGUCCCUGUCACUCCGAAGAAAGAGCGUUUACAUUUGAGCGACAUCUUUAAGAGUCCAUCAUCCGAGCAGCCAACUCGGCAACAAAAGCAAAAGUGGGCGAAACGGCAUGAUCAAGAUCCUAAUAUGACUGCUGGCAAUAGUGCAUAUAGACAGCAAAAUGCGGCAGAACUUCCUGCUGCUGGAGUGGGCACUCCAUCUUCGUCCGGCUCUCAUCAUUUGCGCUAUUGUAAGAACACAACCUCAAGUUUCUUCUGUCACCAGGCAUCCUUGCCAGUCGGUUCAAGUGUAGUAUCUCCGAGUAAUAGCGCUGUUGUUAACAGAGGGCGGGACAGAGUCGAUCGCUCAUUAUCUCUAAAAAGAACGAUAUCUUACGAUCAUGCUUCAGACAGCCUUAACCCAGAGAGCGAAAACUACGCAGAACACUAUAGCGACGAUAAAGAAGGUACUUCAGAGGCAUUACAGCAACAUGGAUAUAUGGUGGGGAGCCUUCGACAUUAUCACCAUGCUGCAGCUAAGCGGGUGCGCCCUCCGUUACCUUUAGUCCAGCCGAUGCAUAUAUCAGUAAUACCACGAUUCCGGAAUAAGGAUUUGGAGUACAUGGGGCCUGUUGACAAAAAAAAUGCUCAUAUUCUACAUCGGAAUACGUCACCUCGGAACUUGAGAGGCCGAAGAGAAAGAGAACAGCAACAGCUCUUGCGUCUUACAGGUGGACAGGAAACGACAGAAAUUACCUCAACUGUAAAUGCGCUCUCUCUGACUACCAAAAGUAACCCCAAAAGCCGCCUGAUGCAACAAUUACAGCAUAGGCAACAAACCCAUCGAGGAUAUGAGAUAGCACUGGGGCAGUCAUUCCAUCCAAGUCAACGCCAGUCUGAUAACCAUGGCGAUUACUCUAGGCAAUCCUGUAACCACCGAGCGCAAAAGACAACAACAUCGCCAUUAGAAGUAUCUUGCCAGCACGCAAGGAUACCGUGCUUGGACGCGACCCCCAGCAAUGUUGGGACCGUACAGGCCAUUAUGGGAGCAGUAAUGUCAAAUAUCACCGGUAUAGAGUCUACAGUAGUAUCCUCACCUGUGAGCAAAAUGACCAAGAAGUCUACAAACACGCAAGCCCCAGGCAAGGUUCCUGCUCACUCUGAGCAACAGCAACAGCAUUCUGAGAUGUCGUCGACUCCCAACAAGAAGGGUACACGUUCUCAAGACCAAGCUCAAGCCCAAUCUAAAGGUUCUAGCCAUGAUGUGCAGCAGAACGUUGAGACUACGCCUACGACUACAAAGAAACAGCAUCAUGGUUCCAACCGAAGAACCUCUGGCUCACAUCCUCAAAAGAUCGAUAACACCCAUUAAGCAAAAGAAAAAAGGCCGCUUUUGUCUCCUUUCAUAGUGUAAAUACUUUUUGUGCGGCGAAAUUCAAUAAAAUUGCUGCGGAAGAACCACAG